UGCCUGUUGCCAGACCAGGCACCCGAGGUGGACUCUGGCUAUCAUACCGUUCACGUUCUGAACGCGAUCACACUAGAACAUUUCAUCCCCGACCGCUCGCACCUCCGCGCCUCGUUCAUUUAUUUUUCCGCUGGCUUUUCCCGCAGGCUGCCAUUCCGUAGCGAUGAUUUUCUGUUUUUAUUUCCAUUGGACUCCCUGGCCGUGUACAGUCUGUUACACGAAGGCGUGAAUCUGCUUCCAGAGAGGUGGAUCUUUCCGGAUACGGCGAGAGGGUGUAUUAAAUAAAAAAGAGAAGAGUUUCACGGAAAUCCCCACGAAUAAAAAUGCCACGAAGGAAACAAGAAGCGCCCAAGCGCGCAGCAGCCUAUUCUCCCGAGGAGCUGACAGUGCACACUGUGGAAGAUGAGGAGACAGAAGCAGACAACCUGCCGUCAGGACUUCAGAAUGACCUUCAAAUGAAAGAUGAGUUUGUAGAGCAAAGUGCAAAGCCUGCCAAGGAGCAAGCAUGUGACCAGGAAUCAGCUGGGGCCGCAGAGGUCUCAGGACAAGAAAUGGACAGUGAGUCACAUGUGAGUGAGACCAGUGACCGUCUCUCAGACUUUGAGAGCCCCUCCAGAAAAGCAGAGGACAACUUAGUCACAGCAUCUCUUAAUGGUGGCAGUAAAACACCUCCCAUAGGCAUGGACACCUUAGAACAAAUGAAGGCUAUCUACUCCAAUUUCCUGAACAGCCCCUUAUGGUCACCGCUGAACUUUAAUUCUACACCACCACAGGCGCAAUCCUUGGCUUCUACAGAGAAGCCAACUCGUAGCAACAGCACUAGUAGCAGUAGUAGCUGCAGCAGCGGUAGCUAUGACUGGCACCAGUCUGCAGUGGCAAAGACACUACAACAGCAUCGUCCCCAGAGCCGUCACCCUUCUCCGUCUGAGCCCAACCUCUUUAGCACAGUCCAGCUACACAGGCAAAACCCAAAACUGUUUGGUUCAAUCUUCACUGGGGCCAGUAAAUUCCGCUGUAAGGGUUGUAGUGCUGCUUAUGACACCCUGGUGGAGCUCACAGUUCACAUGAAUGAUACAGGGCACUACCGUGAUGACAACAAAGACAGGGCAGACAGUGGUGGAAAGCGCUGGUCUAAACCACGUAAGCGGUCCCUGUUGGAGAUGGAGGGAAAGGAGGAUGCCCAGAAAGUUUUGAAGUGCAUGUAUUGUGGUCACUCCUUUGAAUCCCUUCAGGACCUCAGUGUUCACAUGAUAAAGACCAAACACUACCAGAAAGUGCCUCUGAAGGAGCCCAUGGCCUCUGUGGCAGCCAAAAUCAUGUCCUCUAAGAAAAGGGGGCUCGUGGGGUUAGACCUCACUGCCUCACCACAUUCUAGAGAAGGAACCCCCAAAGUUAAGCACCCACAGACAGACCUGUGUGUACCCUCACAAAAACCCCCCUCCAGCCCCUACACCACCCCUAAUACUCGCUCUGGCCAUCAGAAUGGUGCAAGCUAUGCUUGGCAGUUUGAAUCCAACAAAUUCCAGAUACUUAAGUGUAUGGACUGUGGCAGUUCCCAUAAUACACUACAAGAGCUGAGAACCCACAUGAUGGUGACAGGACACUUCCUGAGGGUGACCACCUCUGCAGGAAAGAAAAUCAAAACACUUCCUGAGGCCACCCCCCCCAAUCCUGUGAGGGUUACCACACCAACUGAGCAGAGGGUCCAGUCUGUCCCACUCGCUCCCUCCACCAUCUCUUCUCCGCCUCUUCAAACUACCACAACUCCCCCUACUACCUCCCCUCCUCUUAAAGAGAUCAAAAAGGAGGAUGUUGAGGAGGAGUGCACUAAGCAAGAGGCUCUAGGAAAUGAGAAGCCAGCUGCAGCUUCAGUUGGGAAGGAGGAGGAUGCUGAGAAGGAGGAAAAAUAUGACAUCUCAAUGUAUAAUUAUCUUACUGAAGAGGACCUGAAAGAGAGCCCUAAAGGGGGCUUUGAUAUUCUUAAAUCACUGGAAAACACUGUGACAUCAGCCAUCAACAAGGCACAGAGUGGGAAUCCAAGCUGGGGAGGCUACCCUAGCAUCCAUGCAGCCUACCAGUUCCCCAAUUCCCUCAAGCUACAACAGGGCAGCAUAGAAAAGAAUUCCCCAAUGAAGUUCUUGUUCAACGGAGGGGAUUUAACAUUGUCCUCCCUUGCCAAGAACCAACCCCUCAUUUCCCCACCACUUAGUCAGUCCUCCCCCUUCCCCACCAACAACUUCCAAGCAAUGGAGGAUUUAGUAAAGAAAGUGACUGAGAAAGUAGCAAAAGUAGAGCAAAGGGUGAAGCAGUUGUCUCCUAAGAUGGAGAACCAUCUUUCUCCCUGUAGUAGUGAAGCUGGAGAAUCACAUAAAGGAGGAGAUGCUGACUCACCUCGGGAAUGGAGGGUAGUCACCCCAGCCAAUAGCGAAGGGGGAAGUAAUAGCAACAGAGCAUCCCCAGCAAUAGAACCCAAGAGAGAGUCAGCAGUCAAAUCCCCACUUGCCUCUGCACUGAGAUGCAGUACCACCAUUAUCACUGGCCAUACUCCACCAGAGCAGCCCUUUGUCAACCCUCUAAGUGCUCUUCAAUCAGUAAUGAACAUUCAUUUGGGGAAAGCAGCCAAGCCCGCCUUGUCAAACCAAGAUCCCGUGAGCCUGCUCUCCAGGCUUAACCAUAGCAUGGCUGAAAGGGCUGCUGUGGCAGCUCCUCCAUCGCAGACCGGAAAGCGGGAAAAUGUAGUUGAUAAUAGUUUUUGCCAGCCCAAUGACGACCAGCCUAUGGACCUCACAAAAGGGAAAAGCGAUAGAGGAGGCUCUGUUGGCUCAGCCCCCCUAACCCCUUCAUCCACAGCCUCCUCCAUUUCCCCCUCCUCCCUUGUUACUCCAGUAAAGCUAACAGUGGUUUCUCCCUACAUAUCUAGCAGCCCUCUGCAUGAAAAUGCUUUGUCAGAUAUUUCAGACAUGUUGAGGAACCUGACACAGUCCCACUAUGUCCCAAAGCCUCCCUCACGGUCCCGCAUCACAGAUAAAGCUGAGACUGUGGGCUCACCUCAUGAUGAUAACGCAUCCCUGCAUGGCUACAAACGCAAAGGUCGGCACUCCAACUGGAACCCCCAGCACCUCCUCCUUCUACAGGCCCAGUUUGCCUUGAGCUUGAGGCAGACAUCAGAGGCAAAAUACAUCAUCAAUGACCUCAGCCCACAGGAAAGAAUGCAUGUGUCUCGUUUCACAGGCCUCUCUUUAACCACCAUCAGCCACUGGCUGGCUAAUGUUAAGUACCAGCUAAGGAGAACUGGUAGAACCAAGUUCCUCAAGAAUCUGGACUCCGGUCAACCUAUAUUCUUCUGUAGUGACUGUGCCUCACAGAUACGCACCCCAGCAGCAUACGUAUGCCACCUGGAAGCCCACCUUGGGUUCAGAAUAAGGGACCUGGCUAAGCUGUCCCCCAAACAGACUUUGAGGGACUCCCACACUAUCACUGAGAAAAUAGUGCCCCUGGAGUCCUACCUUUCUCCUCAGUCACAAGACGACUGCAGUAGUAAUGGGACAGUGUACAGUUGCCAACUCUGUGUCCGCAAAUUUGCCACUAAGCACGCCAUCAAGCUUCACCUCAGCAAGAGCCACGGGAAGUCUCCAGAGGACCAUCUGUUAUAUGUGUCUGAACUAGAGAAACAUUAAAUUGCUCUCAGCAGUGGUAAUACUGGAAGAGAGAAUGGCUGUCAAGAAACAAAAAAGAAAAAGAGAACAUUUGAAAGUGUGCUAAUGCACAAAGAUGGUUUGAAAAAAUGUCAGCACAAGGUGUUUACAUCUCUUCAGCCUAUAAGCAUUUCGAAUUUCUCUGUAUUUCAAGACAUUUCUUUCAAUAUAUAUUGUAGGUCAAAGAUAUUCAGCCCAGUUUAUUGUCAGCUUUGUUUUCUCCCUCAUUCUACAUACACUUUUGGUAAUGUGAGACAAUAGACGACAGAUUAUUUCAUGGUUGUGGUGAAUCUCUUGACUAGAAGCUCAGUUAAUGACUCGAACUAUAUUAACUUUAUUGUAUUUAUUUUGUAUUUUGUGAUAUUGGUUUUGAUUUGCUGGUAGACUGCAUGUUCACCAAGUUUUACUGUUACAUUUGUACAGUCUUGUCCUAUUCAGAUUUUAAAAUGCCCUUGUAACACCUUAAAACAGCCAAAUGCCUGGGAAAGCUCCUUAAAGGAAUAUGUCACACAGCAAGAGUUCAUUGCUUGUUUUUAUCGUUUUCUCUGUAUAGCCAGUUUAUUUUUUUGCUGAUUGUAAAAGCUGCCUUGUUCUUUCUCACUGCGAAAGGGGCACUUAAAAUCCAGGUCUCUGUAAAAAUGUAUGUAUAGUGUAUAAGCUUACAACUUGCUGUUUAAAUUGUGCAUACUUGUUAUAUUUCUUAAUUUAAGAGGACUGUGAUUAUCCAUGGGUGCAGAGCCUUUGAAGAAGAUUAAAAAGACAUUGUUUUGCACAAUAGUUUUAUAAAUGUUAUUUGAUAAAAAAGCAAUACAAAUAUGUUAAUGCCUUGUGGUCUAUGAUUAAAUUGA